CAGCUGUCCCGCGGAGGGGCGCCUCAGACACGCCCUGUUGAGGUUCCUCAGACCCACAAAGCGCCGGCAAUCUGAAUGCAGUGCGGGCGGGUGUGUGCUGCGCUGCGCUUGCGACAAACUGGCUGAAGGGCACAGUUCAUCCCCCGCUGUAACGCCGACCUCCUCUGGGAAGUUUCCGCUUGCAACUGUACGAGCGACUUUGUGGCAGUGGCCGUGAGCUUUCUUGUGCUGUUGCAAUGUGCGGUUUAACGAAAUCGCUCUGAUUUUUCUUUCUCAGAUACCUGUAGGGCGUUUGAGUGAUUUUAUUUUUGUAGGAAUCCGGCUGUGACUGCUUUCAUGUUUGCUGGAGCUUUCUCUUCCGAGUGAGCUACCUUUUUUGGGUUUUGCAGCGAGAUUAAUUGCAGGAUAAUGAAGCCGUGGCGGACUGUUGGUGUUUGCAAGAGCUUUUGCUCUGGGCGAUGGAAUUUCAUGCUCCUUGUAGCAGUGUUUCUGAGCAUGAACACGUUCGGAGUUGUGCAAAGUGAAGAGAAAUCGUGCCACGGAGCGUUUGAUCUUUACAUGGUACUUGACAGAUCCGGGAGUGUUGCUAACAACUGGGGCGAGAUUUAUGAUUUUGUGGAAUCACUGGUCCAGCGAUUCGUCAGUCCGCAAAUGAGAUUAUCUUUCAUCGUGUUUUCUUCUCGUGCUGAUGUGAAGAUGCCGAUAACUGCUGACAGGAAUCAGAUCAAAAAGGGUCUUAAUGAUCUCAAACAAGUAACUCCUGUGGGGGAUACCUACAUGCAUUUGGGGAUUAAAAUGGCUAAUGACCAAAUACUGGAACAGACAGCUUUGAAGACUGCAAGUGCUAUUAUUGUUCUAACUGAUGGAGAACUGAGGGAGCAUGUGUUGACAUACACACUUAAAGAGGCUGACAGGUCAAGGACUCUUGGAGCAAUCAUUUACUGUGUUGGAGUCAAAGAUUUUAAGAAACAGCAGCUGGAACGUGUUGCCAAUUCAGCAGAUCACGUCUUCCCUGUUAAUGGGGGAUUUCAUGCUCUAAAAGGCAUAAUUGAUUUGAUAUUAAAGAAAUCAUGUACUGAAAUCUUGACUGUGGAGCCAUCAUCUGCAUGUGUUGGGCAAAAUUUUGAGAUUGUACUGAGGGGAAAUGGCUUUAGAGCCGGCAGACAGGAAGAUUCGAUUAUAUGCCGCUAUUACAUAAAUGCCUCCACCAUUAUAAAUGAGAGAAGUACCAACGUGAUGGAUAAUUACCUGCUGUGCCCAGCACCUACAUUGCAAGAAGUGGGGCAAACAAUGGAUGUAUCAGUGAGUUUGAAUAAUGGACAGUCAUUCAUCUCUAAUUCAGUUACCAUCACUGCCACAGCUUGUUCUGAUGGAGCAGCGGUAUUCAUCGCCAUCUUCAGCUUGUUGCUGCUGCUGGGGCUUGUUCUGCUCUGGUGGUUCUGGCCUCUCUGUUGCAAAGUGGUCAUAAAAGAUCCUCCUCCGCUUCCUCCUCCUCCAAAAGAGGAAAUUAUUCCUGAUCCAGAGCGAAAGAAGAAGUGGCCAACUGUUGAUGCGUCAUACUAUGGUGGUAGAGGUGUUGGUGGAAUAAAAAGAAUGGAGGUCAAAUGGGGAGAUAAGGGAUCUACUGAGGAAGGAGCAAGGUUAGAAAAGGCCAAAAAUGCAGUUAUUACAAGCCCAGGAUAUGAAGAGGAACUUCUUUCUCCAAGGUCACCCAAACCUCCUCCUUCAGCUCCAACUUCACAGAAGUGGUAUGAUCCUAUAAAGGGCAGACUUGACGCGUUGUGGGCACUGUUGAGGCGGCAGUACGAUCGAGUUUCUUUGAUGCGGCCGCAAAAUGGCGAUGAGGGUCGCUGUAUCAAUUUCAGCCGCGUCCAGAAUCAGUAAGCAAAAUGAAGCUAGAGGUGCUUGAUUUUCUCUUCUGCCUAUCAAGGAAUGACGGAACAUUUUCUGCUUUCAACGGACAUCAGUGGCCUUCCAUUAAAAAGACAGCAACUUUGCAGUGCAUGUUGUUAAUUCUUGUGACAGAACUGCAUUAAGACCCAUGUGUCAAGAUAUUUGCAAAGAAAACUUAACAGCUGAGUUAGUUCUCUGAUCACUAGUCCUUGGUAAUGCCAGUGAAACAGAAUCACCACAUGUGCACUCUUCCCAUUCCCCACUAAAAUCCAUUGAUUCUUGGCAGUUGAAGUCACUUUGACAUUUUUUUCCACUCUGAAUAUAUUUUGACUGUAAUGUGCUGUUUCGGAUAAUCAAAUUUUAUAGACAGAGUGUAUUGUCAAAAUAGAACCUAUUAGCCACAGGCAGAGCAGCAAUCUCACCAGACCUACCCGGUGCAUAGGUUCAUUGCCUUUCGGCGAUGUCACAUCAGAAGAUCUUUCCAACUUCACCACUUUACAAUGCCUUACGGGAGCCGUCUGACUGAAAAUCUUGUCAUUUUCCACUGAAAAGCGCACACGCAUGACAAAUUGUAGACAGGGUGCCUCAAGGUAUGGGAAUCAGCUAGACUUUGCCCUUUAGUUUUUGAAGACACCUUUCUUUCAUUAUGUACUGAGAAAAAAAAUUAAUAGAUCUUCUGCAGAAAUUGAGACAUUGGUGCUCUGAGGCUUGAUAUAGUGUCCGGUGCUUUGCAGUUGCUCUAAUCCUGUGUUCAGUAGGGCAUAACCCAUCACCAUCUUAAAGUAUACUCAUUGAUCUGUUUAUUUCGAUUAAAUAAAUAAAUAAGAGAAAAUAGAGCAAUCCUUUUACAAACUAAGGUUGCAUAAACUGGUAUUCCCUCGUUUUUCAAAUCUCCAAGGACUUUGCAGUGUCACAAGCCAGCAACUCUCUUUGCAUGAGAAUUUCAAAGUUUAAUUAAUAUAAUUAAAGGCAACAGCAAGCAGCAGCCUGUGAAGAUUUUCCUCAUAUUUUUUUUUAAUGCUUUUUGACAUUGAAUGACCUAUUGCUAUUUAAGCUUUGCUUGGAUUUUUCAAAUGUACUUUGCAUUGGUUAGGUAUGAGAGAGGGAAAAGUACCCUCAAUGGUAACCAAACAAUCAAGUUAUGUUUUCCUUCUGCAGCCCCCUUCCUAAAUGUUGAGGAAAAAUACAUUUAAUAAUAUUUUUCCCUCAACCACUUUGUCAAGAAAACAAUCCCAAAUGAUGUCAGUAUGAGCAGAAACACUGUGGGGGAGAAGAAAGCAGCAGCUGAGAAAAGCUCGAAUGAUGCAGUCACUUUCGAUACUGUACAUGAAAUGUAAAAUGGAUAUUCGAGUCGAAACCUGACAAAGCGCGCCUGCUUUGACGUGAACUGGUAUAGACAAUGACCAGUGGCUGGGUCAGUGGGAUGUCUCUCUGCAAGCAGGGAAGCUUAUCAAGUGACACUAAAAAUAAGUUCAACAACCAUCACAUUUGAGAGAACAGGCGAACAUUUCACAUUUGGUGGGCGAGCAAGUGCGCGAGAUGGGAAGAGCAAUAGUGAAUAGUCCUGGUCUAAUUAUGCUUUUGAGCUGCUCAUCAAAAUCACAUGGGACAUGAGUAUUUCCUUUGGUUUACGUGCAAAAUGUGUGAUGUUGCCAAAAGCAGCUCUUGCUUAAUCUAUUGCACAUUAUUAUUUACAGUAAUGGCAAAAUUUUAAGUACAGCCUUUUGGUAUAUUGCAAAAUAAAUUUAACUAGAAUUUUUAAAUUUGCCUGAUUUUUAUAAGAAAUUUUUUUAAAAGAGAUGAUUUUCAAAAUCUGUUGCGCUGGAUUCACUAUCUGUAUUUUUAAUUGUGGAAUUACACUAUUUUCCAAAGUCCCCCCCAUACAACGAGAAUUGUCUCCAUUUAGCCAAAGCUUUGUGCACACUUGUGUUUACACCAGUUUAGUAUGAAAUGAACCAGUUUAUUGUUGUACAGAUCUGUAUUAUCAUUAGAAAUGUAUUUUUAGAAGUUGCUUCAAAAAUUCAAGUGUUAAUUUCUUUAAUAUAUAUGUCAGUAAACUUAAAGCAAAAGAGUCUCCACUGACGCCUGUUUGCUUGCCACAUUGCUGGAUACAAUAUAGUGCAUUGUGCAAACUCUGAAACUGAGCAAUUAUAAAGAUUAGAUUUAAAUCAUUGUGAACAAGAUCUGUGCCUUGUUAUCAUCCUUUAUUAUGUCCAUAUAUCAUGUGGUCAAAAUUACUUAAAUACAAUUCCAAAUCAUUUGUACAUAUAUACAGAAUGGUACUGCAUAAUGCCAAAUCAGGAAACUACUAGAGUUAAGUAGGUUCAUUAUAAAUCCACUGUACAUUAUUCUACAAAAUGUAAUUUAGAUUAUUAAACAUCCCUUCAAAGAUAUUGAGGAGUAAUUUAUUUAUUUAAGUUCUUUUGCAGCAGUACCAAAAUUUAAUUUAUAGUAUUGUUCUGUGACAAUUUAAGGUGAUACCCCAUCAUAGCAAACUGAUCAAAAUGUAUAGAUGCUCAAACCAUACUAAAAAGAAAAUGUAAAGCUGAUUAACAAUUGGGAAAUACAAAAGUGAAAUAUUCACAUGUUGUUAGGUUUUAUAUAUUUGUUAUAAAUCUAUGAAUUACAAAAUACAUGUUUGUCCAAUUUCCCAAGCUUAAUUUGGAGUGUUUAGGAAUAUAUUCAACAGAUACUGAUAUAUCAGUAAUUUCUGACUGUUUUUUUUGCUUUUAGACUAAAUGUUCAAAUCAUUUGCAUACAAGAGAAAUCUAUAAUAAUAAAAAUGAAUGUGAUCACGGA